AUGAUCGGAGACGAUUUAAUUAAGUCCUCAGGUCGGUCUGUAGACGCACCGCGCGAGGGAGAACUGUUCUUUGUGCGACAACUAGUGUCGCUUUGUUGGCAAGCAGUGGGAGGUGAACUCUGUCUCAGAACGCACCUGUCCCACCGGACCACAGACGAAUAUGACUUCUAUGACGUACAGAUAAAGUUCAAAACAUUCUGCGGAGUCGAGAGAAGCGUGGGUCUUUAUAGAGUAACGAAUGUCUCAAUAUGGCGCGACGACGUGUGA